UAGAAGUAUAAGGUGGCAAAUGGAAAUACUCAAGUAAAGUAUAAGUAUGUAAAAUGUGUACUUAAAUAACCUACUGUAGACUACUUGAAUAAAUGUACUUAGUUACAUUCCACCACUGCAUACUAUUAUGUCACACGUUUGUGUUUUUGGCUAUUUAGGAUAUACUGUGUAUAUAUACAGAUUUUUAAAGCCUAUACAAGCUAUGACAAAAACAAACAAAUAAACAAACCACAAUGACGUACUGACGUGAUGACGUGUUUGGUUGGAUUUAAUGCGCGCGGAGCUGCCGUUGGAGAGAGGAGAUCUGUAAACGGCUUGUGGCUGCCUGCCUCGCUAAGAGGAUUGGCAAACUAUCGAUUACUGUCUUUUUUUUUUUGCUGCUGCCAUGUCGGUGUAUUGUCCCAGCUGAACAUCCCUGCAGUCUCCCUCUUAUGUAACGUUGACCGAAACUGAGAAGAAAGGAAGAAAGAGCCGUAAAUAUGAGCACCGGAGCGGGCAUCGACUACAGCGCCUGGGAUCACAUCUAUGUGUCCGACGAUGAAGAUGUGACCAAUCCGUACGUCGACACGCCGAGCCUGUUCAGAAUGAGACACCGGGUCAGCAGUAACACUUGUUGUAGCCGUGAUGUUUGGAGUCUUAUACCUGGUGGGCCUUUCUUUUAGGAGGCCAAAAUACAUUUUGCUCCUGCCCUCCGUCCACAUCAAUACAUUACUUAAUUUCCGUCCUGGUACUCCCGUCUGCUUCUCCAAACUGGGGGCGUGCCGACCGCCAUCUACUGGAGGCCCGGCUGGAGAGGAUGGUUGAGUUUCAGCAGAGAGGGGAAGAUCUGGACAAUAACGUUUUAGAGUGCAAGAGGCUUUUGGAGGAAGCUCAGGGACGACUUAAAGAGCUGGAAGAGGGAAGGAACGAGGGAGAAGAGGAUGAGGAGAGAGAGGCUGAGCUGAAGAAAGUCCAGGCCGAGGUGAAAAAACUGAAGAAGGAUGAAAAGUCGUUUGAGAAAAUGACCGAAAAACUCCGGCGAGAAGAAAAGAAACUUCCCUGGGAUGUUGACACUAUCAGCAAAGAAGGUUUCAGCAAGAGUGUACUCAACAUCAAGCCUGUAACAAAGGAGGAAACGGAGGAGGAAAAGGUGGAGAAGCACAAGACCUUUGUGGAGAAGUAUGCAAAGGAAAUCAAACAUUUUGGUAUGAUGCGGCGCUGGGACGACAGUCAGAAGUAUCUGUCAGACAACACACAUCUGGUGUGCGAAGAGACGGCUAAUUGCCUUGUUGUCAUCUGUAUUGACUUUGAGAUAGAUGAGAAACAUGCGCUGAUGGAGCAGGUGGCCCACCAGGCCAUCGUCGUGCAGUUCAUCUUGGAUUUGGGUCGGACGCUUAAAGUCGACGCAAGAGGCUGCUUCAGACAAUUCUUCUCAAAGAUCAAGACUGCAGACAAGCCGUACGUAGACGCGUUCGACCAUGAGCUGGAGCUGCUUAAGGAGCGGAUCCGCAGCUGUGCGCAGAUUCGUAUGGACAGCGCUAUGAAGGAGCUAGAGGGAGAAGAGAGGCAGAAGAGACUGGGCCCAGGUGGUUUAGACCCUGUAGCGGUCUAUGAAUCACUGCCAAAGGAAAUACAGAAGAGCUUUGAUGAGAAGAACAUUGAGAUGCUGCAGGAAGCUAUCAGCAAACUGGACCUGGAGGAAGGAAAAUACCACCUCAGCAGGUGUAUCGACUCUGGACUGUGGGUCCCUGAAUCCGGAGAGGGCGAUGAUGAAGAGGAUGAUGAGGAAGAAGAUUCAUAGGAGAAGAAAUAAGAUUCUCUGUUAGUUGACAUUGGAUGUUGACAACAGUGUGCAAGCACCAUUUACAGGUCAAACUAUCUGCCUGCAUCUGUUGUCCUUCUGCGGUCAGCAGCGCCAUCUCAAGUCUGCUUGUGGACACACAGCCUAUAAACUACAUCAGGAGCCUGAACGCUGAACAUCGAUCAUCUAGUUUCCUCACUUAUCAUUUUUGGGAUUGGUACAUUUUUAAACCACCGACUGAGUGAACUGUAAUCAAUAUCAGGGGAUAUCGGUUAGCCUUUUAUUGAGUGGAGAAUUUCAAAAUAAAGUGAGCUCGUCAUGAAAAGAGUUACUAGUUUGUGUCCUGCAUGAAUAAGAACUUUGAUAAAGUUAGUUUUUUGGUGUCGAUUUAACUAGAAAGUGGCAUAAAGUAUCUUCUAUUGUUGUUUUGAGUGUGUAUCGUUGGUCUGUUAGGAACUACUGAGAAGCUUGCAGUGCAGAUAUAUCGGCCGAUAUUUGCAUAUUGCAGAUAUAUAAAUAUCCGCGUAUAUGUCAGCAAAUAAGUAACAAGAAAUGGGGAUAUAGAAAUUCCAAAGACAUGUUUGAAAUAAUUUAUGAGAGUUAUAAGAAACCGAGACAUUUAUAUUUAUGAAUAGUUUUUGUCUUCACUCGUUCUGUCUUGUUUUGUCAGUCCUCUGACGCUCCUGGAGCUGCACCGUCCUGUAUGAAAGCUGCUAUACAAAUAAAGUUUGAUUGACACCUCAAAGUAAACCUGUAAGUUUCUGUUAAAUUGGAUUUAAUUAUAAUCACAAAGCCCAUCCUCGCUUUGAAAAUGUGGGUUAGAAUUUAUUAGGGUUGCAACUAAUGAUAGUUAUCGACUAAUCUGCAGAUUAUUUUAUUGAUACGUUUUCUAUGUAUCAAUAAAAUAAAACGACUAAAACGAUGAAUUUUAACAGAUUAAUUAGACAAAUCGAUGAAUUAAUUAGUAGAGGAGUCAGUCCAAAUAAAAUAGAUCAACUCGAUCUUAUCGUUGCUGCUUUUUAAUGUAA